UAACGACCUGAGAAGCGAUACAAGGGGUCAAGAGGCCUACAGAAGAAGGGAGGAGGGCGCGUGACCGGUGACUCUGGGAGGAUAGAAGACUGUUAACAAAGCUGGAGACGUAGAGAGAAGACCAACUAAGGACUACAAGGGAAGGAAGGCCAAGGAGUAACGACCUGAGAAGCGAUACAAGGGGUCAAGAGGCCUACAGAAGAGGGAGGAGGGCGAGUGACCAGGGAGAGACAAGAUGAACCUCCUGGGCACAACACAAUUCCUCUGCCACAGUGCGCGGGGCAGGACACUGUGGCGCCUCUCACAGCACAGAGCGAGUCUCAACACUAACCAUAUGUGGGGCGAGAGGUACAUGUCGGCACUGAAAGUCUGUCAGUGGAGUUAUGCAAAGGCUCAGGCAUCAGGGCAGUGCGGCAGGACAGUGUUACAUGGCCACAAGUUGACAACCACGGUGCUAUGUCCUCGUCACUUUACCUGCGGGCGUCUGUUGAUGGGCAGACAGGUGGAGGGGGGGGAGGGGGCCACGGGCAGGAGCCAGAGGUCCACCCUGUACUACAUAGCAGCUGCAGGGGUCCUGGCGCUGGGCCUGAGCUAUGCCGCGGUGCCGCUGUACAGGAUAUUCUGCCAGGCAUACAGCUACGGCGGCACCACCCAGGAGGGCCACGAUGCCGAGCGUGUGGGCAGCAUGGAGGCCGUGCGGGAGAGGAUCAUUAGGGUGCACUUCAAUGCCGACACCGCCGCCUCCAUGACCUGGAACUUCAGGCCGCAGCAGAACGUGAUUAAGGUCCACCCUGGAGAGACUGCCCUGGCUUUCUACACUGCCCGCAACCCCACUGACAAACCUGUCAUUGGGGUGUCCACGUACAAUGUUGUGCCAUUCGACGCCGGCCAGUACUUCAACAAGAUCCAGUGUUUCUGCUUUGAGGAACAGUUGCUCAACCCCCAUGAAGAGGUCCACAUGCCUGUCUUCUUCUACAUUGACCCAGAGUUUGCCGAGGACCCCAAGAUGGAGAACGUGGACAUCCUGACGCUCUCGUACACCUUCUUCGAGGCUCGUGAGGGACUCCAGCUGCCCAUCCCACAGUUUGCAAGAUAGAAGACUGAAGGAAAUCA